UAUCUAUAUCUAGAAACAGGAAGUGCCGCCAUUAACUGUAAAAGUGAAAUACGUUGUCAGCUGUGCGUGAAAACAAACUUGUUUUCACACCUAUACUUCUCAAUGAUGCGACUCAAGUUUGACCAAAGCGAUCCCCAGUCGUAUCGCUGUUGUAUCUGCUGCCAUGUCAAGACUGGUACCAUUCUCCUUGGCUUGUGGAACUUGUUGAUGCAGCUGUUCCUCAUAGGGAUGCUGAUUCUGGUGUCCUUCCAUCCCGACAUUCUGCAACCCAAACAGGGCCUCACCCAGGAGACGGAUGGCAUCAUUGUUGCUGAGACUGGCAGAGACCAGGGCUUCCAGACAUACCCAUCCUUUGUGAAGAAAUCACUCACCAAAGAGGACCUGUGUGUUGGCUAUGCCCUGACAGUGGCCUACCUCAUGAUCACCGUUGCUCUCAUCUAUGGAGUCGUAAGGACCCGGCCUGGCUACCUGAUGCCGUUCUUCUGCCUGCAAGUGUUUGACUUCUGUCUCAAUUGCCUCACGGUGGUGGGCUACUUCACCUACGCCCCCAACAUCAAGUUCUGGAUCAGAGAACAAGGACUGGCUAACUUCCCUGGGAUGGACCGUGUGUUGGAGAUGAACUCGGACUGGCUGAUGCUGGUUUUCAUCACAAUCUUCAUCAUCAUUCUCUGCAUCAAGGCGUACCUGAUCGGCGUGGUGUGGGCCUGCUACAAGUAUCUGCAGAUGCGACAUGCCUCAAGGACCAUGGUCCGUGAAUACAACGUGGACCCAGACACAGAGAUGCUUCUUCCCCCCAAGUAUGAGGAUGCCAUCAAGAUGCCCAUCGACCCCAACAUGCCACCCCCCUACACAGCCAACUAAACUCUGUGUUUCCCUUCACAGUCCAAUGAUAGAACCGGGCCUCAACUUGCUUUGAGAUGCAGAAGGGAUUAUUAUCGAGUAUAUAAACAAUGUUUUUAUUCAUUUCUAGUUCAUAUGUAGGUUUUAAUUGCCCGGAUCUUAUGAAAUUGGAUUUCCAUGAUGUAUGUUAAACUGUGAAGCGAGGGGUAUUGUAUUUUUGUGGGUAUAGUUUGUGGGUAUUUUAUGAGGCAAUCAAUUGUUGAUGUGAUUUUGUGGUUAUUGAUACAAUGGGGGAUUUUUGAAAUUUUGUAUUCAAGCAAAAUGUAUUUUAGUGAUUUUGGUUACACUUCACUUGUUGCUUGUGGCACAGGCAGUUACCAUGGUUACAGUUGUAGUGGUUACCAUGGUUACUAACCUACUAACUACCUAACCUGGGCUUUCACAAUAAUGUAAACAAUA